AUGAUUCUCUAUUUCUCAGAGCAAAAUGGUUCUAAAAUUGUACCUUUCGAAAUCUGAUAUGAACGAUCAUGAGGAUGAUGAACAAGUUAAGCAGCGGAUAGCUCUACUAGAGAAAUUGGAAUCCUCGAUUUGGUCUUUGCUUGUGGAAGCUGGAGGUCGAUCAGAGCUUCGUCUAUGGUUGUGUAACAGCAUCGCUGGUAUAAAUUCCAUCUCUCCGCGCCAUCAAUGCGAACUUUUUGUGAAGAUAUUGAAGUCGAAGAGAGAAAAACGAACACUUGCAACUCAAAUAUUUCAAUUGAUCUUUGAAAAGCAACCUAGAACAGCUGGGCAUGUUCUAUCGAAUAAAAGUCACCUGCUGGAAAACUUCUUCAAAGGGAACCGGAGACGGAUCUUGCAGUGGUUCUCUAGUUUUUCUGGUAAUGGAGAUUCAGAUCACAAAAAGGGUGCUAAAGCAUUAUCACAGUUUGCAUUUGUGAACAGGGAUAUCUGUUGGGAGGAGCUUGAAUGGAAAGGUAAACAUGGCCAAUCUCCUGCAAUGGUUGCCACAAAACCUCAUUACUUUUUGGAUUUGGAUGUAGAGAAAACAAUAGAAAAUUUUAUCGAAUACGUACCAGAAUUUUGGUCCUCGGACGAGUUUGCAGAGUCACUAAAAGACGGAGAGAUUUUGUCAAUCGAUAGAGAAUUCUUCGUAGACUUCUUUGUUAAAUUGAUUAACAAGGACUCUAAAGAAGCAUGGAAAGUGGUCAACGAGUUUCUAAUUGAGCAGCCAUUCUCAUCGUUGUGUCGGCACCUUCUUAUUGCUCUUGACGAGAACGAUCUCCAACAUUUUCUCGAGUCACUAAGCAAACUCCUCAAGACAAGAACAGAACCGGUUGAUUUUACUAAUCCAUCAUAUUGGCUUGAGAUUAUCCUUACAAAAUGGAGCGACACAACCUCUAUGGACCAGAUAUUCCUCUUAAACGCUGUUAUCAGUGAGAAACGACAGCUUCUGAGGCUUAUCAAUGAAGAAGAAAACCGAGAAGAGAAAAUGAAAAUUGGAGAUCUUGUCUCCCAGGUUUGCACAUCCUCAAGACCUUCCAAUCCAUUUGCCAAAGAUGAGAAACCUGUGAAAUGGUUGGGACUACAGGCUUGGGCUCUUUAUUACAGAUUGUCAGAAGAGUGUCAGACUCCAGAAUCGUGGGAAUCACUGUUUAAUGAAAAUGGGAUAAGUUUUCGUAAUAACAGAUACUCAUUGUUGAAGUCUGAAGACUGGGAGUCUGAUUUGGAUGAAAAGGGUUCAUCUAGAUUCAAACACAAGAAAAAAGAUAAACAUAGGAAGCGACGAAGAAGGACCUUCGAUGCGGAUGAUAUUUUACUAGACUUAGAAUUUUCGGGUAGCAGCCAAGGCGUGCAAGUUAGUACUGGCAGUUGGAUGCUUUCGACUGAUGGGUAUGCCUCAUCGUGGACGAGUUUGGAUUUGCCAGAACAUUUGUCAAGUUUUUGUCUUUCUACAUGGCUGAAGAGGGUUGUUGCCAGGUGAAAAGACGCCGCUUAAGGAAUUUAUGGUAUGACAGGUUCAAUUUAUUUAAAAUUCAGUCCUAGAAGAUUAUAAUUGUUUAUCCCUGAAGUGAGUAGAUAUUUCUUGAUAAUGAUCCUAAUUUUUUGGUUUUUGCAUUCAGAGUUAUGGAAACUAUCAAAACUUGAAGAGCUGUAUUCUGUUUGCCUGCUGAAAGCUUUGCCACCCACAUUAACCAAUCGCUACAUUUGAAGCCUGAAGGUGCACAUAACCAACUCUUUCUAUAUUAUCAGCCUCUGCAUACCAAAAUUUGAUUUUUCUGCUUUGAAAAAGAAACCAUGUUUUAAUUGGAGAAGAGAAGUAUCCAUUUGGAAACACUUUCCGGAGCUGAAGUUGGGUUUGGAUAAAAAAAUGUCGAUAAAUUUCAUUGAAAGCUCCUUUAAUAUUUUGUCUGAGUAUCUCAUCCGCAGAUUGAUUUAGAUUUGCAUAUAUUCAUUAAUUCGUCGUCAUUCCAGGAUUACAAGAAUGGAAAUCAACAAUACUAUCACAAAUUGGGUGAUCAAACUAUGAUGGAAGAAGAUUUUUUGUUUUUGUUUUGGUAUCUACAUAUUUGACUAUAUGAAACAAAGCAUCCAAUGAUCCUCCUCCACCAACCAACUACAUUGUUCUUGUGUGUUCUUUCAAUGGUUUCCUUACAUUUUUCAAUCUUUAUGGUAUAGUACAUACUGUAGAAUUUGUUAAAUGCCCAUUGUUCAUGAUUUUAUUACUUAAGUUAGAAAGUGAUCUUUGUUUUCGCAGGAUUCCAUAGGUGGCUCCCCAUGGCACAUUGUUCCUUCAUCUGGUGGACUCUGAUAACAUUUUGUAUCUUGUUUGAUUAUAUAGGUUAUCAAUACCUAAGACGGUAUUUUUCUUUUCUUGUAUUUCACUAUUUUGUUAUACA